AAAAUAAUGCACACCAAAUUUUGUUUAUUUUCUUAUUCUUUUCGUUUUUGUUCUCUCUCUUCUUUUGCCAAUCUCCAAUGGGUGUUGUUGUUUCUCUUGCAAUUACCAAACCUUUACCAUCACUACUCCCACUCCCCAACGCCCAAUACGAAUCAAAAUCCUCCUCACUUUCCACAUCUCUCCGACGGAUUGCCGGCCGGUGAUCUCUCUUGACUCUACUCGGUAUUCAAUUUUUCUCUUCUUCGUUUUCGCUUUCUUUCUGAUUUCUCGCUAUUUGGGUGUCUAAAUCUUAGUGUUUCUGAGGUGGGUUCUUGAGUUUUGGGGCUUUCAAGCUCUUGAACUUGUUGGGUUCUUAUGAUUUGGUGCGAAUUCUUGUUAUGGGUUUGUGGGUUUCUCUUAAUUGGAAUUGUGGAUGCGUCGGUUUCUUGUUUCUGGACUUUAGGGGUUGGAGUUGGAAUGAAGCUGAUUAGAACACGUUAAGAAUUACUUCUUUGGGUUUAGGGGUUUUUCAGCUUUGAUCUGUUUCUUGGAUUUGGUUAGCGUUUUGUGCUUAGUUGAGUAAUUGGAUCUUCUGAGUUUCUUGAACUUCUUGAGAAAUGGAGGCUGGAUAUGGAGGCGAAGCUUGUCAAUUGUAUGGUAUGAGUAGCAUGGACUUGAGGGCUGCUGUUGGUAAGCGGAGUUUGGAAUGGAAUUUGAAUGAUUGGAAAUGGGAUGGAGAUCUCUUCAUUGCUACGCCAUUAAACACUGUGGAAUCUGAUCAUUUGAACAGGCAGCUAUUUCCAAUUGUCUCUGGGAUUCCCUUGACAACAGGGGGCUCUUCGAACAGUUCUUCGUCUUGCUCUGAUGAAGCUAAUAUGGGGAUUGAGAAAGGGAAAAGGGAAGUGGAGAAACGGAGGAGGAUUAAUGGUAUAGAAGAUGAGAAUCUUAAUGAUGAAGCGCGUAGUUUGAGUUUGAAGAUUGGUGGAAAUGUUUCUCAGAUUGUUGAGAGAGAUGCUGGGAGUUGGGAAGGGAGUAGUGGGAAGAAGAGUAAGUUGGGUGGGGGAGCUUCAAAUCGUGCUGUUUGUCAAGUAGAAGACUGUGGAGCUGAUCUGAGCAAUGAAAAAGAGUAUCAUAGACGACAUAAAGUUUGUGAAACGCAUUCUAAGGCAAGCAAUGCGCUUGUUGCUAAUGUUAUGCAGCGGUUCUGUCAACAAUGUAGCAGGUUCCAUGUUCUUCAAGAGUUUGAUGAAGGGAAAAGAAGUUGCCGCAGGCGAUUGGCUGGCCACAAUAAGCGCAGAAGAAAAAUUAAUCCGGAUAAUGUUGUGAAUGGAAACUCUCCACCUGAUGAGCAGACUAGUAGUUAUUUAUUGUUGACUCUAUUGCGAAUACUUGCAAAUUUUCACUCCAAUGGAUCAAAUCAGACCACAGAUCAGGAUCUUCUUUCUCAUCUUAUACGAACCCUUGCCUGCCAAUCUAGUGAACACGGGGGAAAGAACCUAACUGGCAUUCUGCAUGAACCUCAGAAAUUGCUGAACAAUGGGGCAUUGAUUGGUAAAUCAGAUCUAGUUUCUACUUUUCUCUCAAACGGUCCACCGGUACCGUUGAGGUCGUCUAAACAACACGACACGAUACCUAUAUCUGAAGCACCAGUACAAGCCAUUGGUAGGGGUGGAGAUACACCAGCUGUAUCUUGUAUUAAACCAAGCACCUCAAACAGCCCUCCUGCAUAUUCAGAAAUCAGGGACAGUCAAGUUGGCCAAUGCAAAAUGAUGAACUUUGAUCUAAAUGAUGCUUAUGUUGACUCAGACGAUGGCAUGGAAGACAUUGAGAGACAAGCACUCCCAGUGCACAUGGGAACAAGUUCUCUUGAAUGUCCUUCUUGGGUGCAACAAGACUCUCAUCAGUCAAGCCCCCCUCAAACUAGUGGAAAUUCAGAUUCAGCAUCUGCCCAGUCACCUUCUAGCUCUGCUGGAGAAGCUCAGAGCCGCACAGAUCGCAUCAUUUUGAAACUAUUUGGGAAAGCACCAAAUGAUUUUCCUCACGUUUUGCGAGCUCAGGUUCUAGAUUGGUUAUCACACAGUCCUACAGAGAUUGAGAGCUAUAUCAGACCUGGUUGUGUUGUUCUAACCGUAUACACACGACAGACUGAGGCUGCUUGGGACGAUCUUUGUCACGACCUCAGUACCAGUUUUAAUAGCCUUCUCGAUGUUUCGGACGACGCUUUCUGGAGAACUGGAUGGGUUUACGUUCGAGUUCAGCAUCAAAUAGCUUUCGUUUAUCAAGGUCGGGUCGUGGUUGACACAUCCUUGCCUCUUAGAAACAAGAAUUACUGUAGAAUCACAAGUGUGAACCCAGUGGCUGUUUCUACGUCUAAGAAGGCUAUAUUUUCAGUUAAAGGAAGAAACUUGACACAACCUACAACUAGGUUACUCUGUGCAAUUGAAGGGAAAUAUCUGACUCAGGAAGCUUCUGAUGAGCCAACUGAACGUGACGAUAACUUGAACGCGCAAGAUGACAGUCGAUGUGUUACCUUUUCCUGCUCUAUUCCUGUCGUCUAUGGAAGGGGAUUCAUCGAGGUUGAAGAUGAUGGAUUUAGCAGCAGCUUCUUUCCUUUUAUAGUUGCAGAGGAGGAUAUUUGUUCUGAGAUUUGCACACUUCAGAGUGCAUUAGAAUUGACGGAAACAUGUUCGAAUUCCGGGGAAACGGAAGAACUGGAAGGAAGGAGUAAUGCAAUGGAGUUCAUUCAUGAAAUUGGUUGGCUGUUUCAUAGGAAUCAAUUGAAGUCUAGAUUAGGUGACUUGGAUCCUAAUGAAAAUCUCUUUUCACUGCCACGGUUCAAGUGGCUUAUGGAGUUCUCCAUGGACCAUGAUUGGUGUGCUGUGGUUAAAAAGCUGUUGGAUGUUCUUCUUGAUGGGACCGUGGAUGCUGGAGGACACUCAUCCUUGAAUCUUGCAUUGAUGGAUAUGAGUCUACUUCACCGAGCAGUGAGAAAAAACAGUAGAUCACUGGUUGAGCUCCUUUUGGUAUAUCCCUCAAAAGUGAAGGAUACAUCACGUGCUGAUAGCUUCCUGUUUAGACCGAAUGUCGUAGGUCCGGCCGGGUUGACCCCUCUUCACAUUGCAGCUGGUAAAGAUGACUCCGAGGACGUUCUCGAUGCAUUAACUAACGACCCCGGAAUGGUGGGAGUUGAGGCUUGGAAGAGCGCUCGAGACAGCACGGGGUCAACACCGGAGGAUUAUGCGCGUUUACGUGGGCAUUACUCGUAUAUUCGGCUUGUGCAGAGGAAAAUAAACAAGAGAUCUGCAGCUGAGCAUGUAGUGGUGGAGAUUCCUCCUAGUAGUGUAUCAGAUGGUAGGUGGAAUGAGAAGCAGAACACUGAUAUGAGCUCAUCCAGGUUUGAGAUUGGUAGGACAGAAGUAAAACAUUGCAGGCAGUGUGUGAGAAAACCGGUGCGUUGUGGAACAUCAUCGAGCGCGUCUCUGGUGUACAGACCGGCGAUGCUUUCGAUGGUGGCGAUUGCUGCUGUGUGUGUGUGUGUGGCACUCCUAUUCAAAAGCUCGCCCGAGGUUCUGUACGUGUUCCGACCGUUCCGAUGGGAACUGUUAGAUUAUGGUACUAGUUAGUUAGAGGGCAUGUAUGAAGUAAUAAUAAUGUAUGUACGUGACUGACUAAAUUAUAGGUAAUGUAUUUGUAUGGAGCUAUGAAGUUGAUAUUGAGUAGAGAACCUGUAAUGAGUUCCAGAUUGAUGAUAUGAUACUCUCUCUAUUCAGUUAUCAAAA